AGGAAGUGACGUCACGAUCUAACCGGAUGCAAUAACGUAAUAAUGACGUCAUCAUGCUCAAGCAACCUGAACCAACUUUUAAGUUAACUGUUACGUCAUCAAUAUUUUCUGUAAUUUCAACGAGCGUGACGUCAACGUUGCGUCAGAGAAGAACCACGGCGACACAAAGACAUAUUGUGACGUCGCUAAUGAUAAUCGGGUUGAUUGUUUACGUCACAGGAGAACCGAGUAUGACGUCACAUGGCAUUGGGACUUGUUGUCCCAACAAUCAAAGACCUGCGCACAAGUUGUAUGCGCAACUCAUACUGCGCAUGUGCGAACUAUGUCUCAGCGGAAAUGGCGCGAAAAACAAUUUUAUUCCAACUACUAUGUCAUCACAUUAUGACGCCAUAAACCUACAUUCACCGGUACUGUUACGUCACAAACGAAUGGUCCAAGGCGGCGACCGAAGAAUGUAUCGAUUAUACAACAGGAACCAUUAUUUUAUUGAAAUCAAACAAGAUGGAAAAGUACGUGGGAGUUAUAACAAGUCGCCGCAAACUGAGAUUGAAGUUCAAUCAGUGGCCGCUGGAGGCGUGAUCAGGUUCUACAGCCCUUCCACAGGAAGGUACCUCGCUAUGAACCGACACAGCAAACUCUACGCAUCGCGAAAUUAUCGAAAAAUCGACUGCGAUUUCGUGGAGAGGUGGCAGGACUUCUACGCCACCUACCGGUCGCUACACCAGCCCGGGAACCGCCGCAGGAGGCGCAGCAAAGCACGUGAAUGGUACAUCGGCAUCGACAAACGCGGACGAUCAAGAAAAGGCAGGAACGUCAAACCGGAGAGUUCAUCCGCGCAUUUCCUUCCUUUACCAAUUUAACAAUACCUCGAUAUUGUUUGUUACGUCACACGCCAAGUAUUCAACCACAUUAUGACAUCAUAGUAGACUUCACGCACGUCGAUAGUGUUCAUUGUUUCGUCACAAAAGUUUCAACUUUUUUACUUUGUUUCUUCUACCUUUUGUUACGUAGAUGACGUCACAAUCACAGACUUCCGGCCGAGUGGCCGUGUGACGUAAUAAUCACAAUUUUUCUAACCCUCGACUCUACUUCCGGUUGUGGGGAAUCCCCUCCGGUUGUAUUGCAAAGUGCAGCACUUAUCUUCACGCUUAUGACGCAACAAUAUGACACGUCACUGUCCAUGACGUAGCACAUGACACGUCAUCAUUAUGACGUCACUACACAAGAUAUUCUCACGUAAAAGCAAAUUUUAAUAAACUCAAGAUAAAGGA